GCCACAGGGUGUGUGGUCAGAGCAGAGGGGCUGCAUGUCAACCAGGGCAGGGUCACUGUCACCUUGGACUCACAACAACCGUGGCUGCUGCAGGGCUGGACCAUGAGCUAGCUUUCUCCAAGAUCAUCGUGGAGCUGCGAAAGAAGCACCCAGGCCAUAUCCUACCGGAUGAGGACCUGCAGUGGGUGUUCGUGAACGCAGGCGGGUGGAUGGGUUCCAUGUGCCUCCUGCAUGCCUCGCUCACUGAGUACGUGCUGCUCUUUGGGACAGCCGUCGACACCGGCGGCCACUCAGGUCGGUACUGGGCAGAUAUUUCCGACACUGUCAUCUCGGGGACCUUCCGGCAGUGGAAGGAGGGGACCACCAGAAGUGAGAUCUACUAUCCAGGGGACACCAUUGUGCAUCAGGCAGGAGAGGCCACAUCAGUGCAGUGGAGCGCGGGCACCUGGAUGGUGGAGUAUGGCCGGGGCUUCAUCCCCUCCACGCUCGCCUUCGCCCUGGCUGACACCCUCUUCAGCACUCAGGACUUUGUCACCUUCUUUUACACCCUGCGCGUCUACGCCAAGGGCCUGCUCCUGGAAGCCAGUGCCUUCUUCAGCACCUUGGGCUGCUGA